AUGAACAUCUCCAAGAUCUCCAUGAUCAGAUGGCGCCGAUUGCCUUCUCAAGAUCCAACGGGUCAGGGUCAACCCGGCUCGGUCCAAGGCCAGACACCACCAAGCAUGUUUUGUCCACCGACAAGCCAGCGAGAGCGACAUUGUCCAGUGUGCCUUCAGGCGGCCAGCUUUCCCGUGCAGACCAACUGCGGACAUCUAUUCUGCGCUCCAUGUUUGAUCGCCUAUUGGAGACACGGCUCAUGGUUAGAUGCAGUCAACUGUCCCCUCUGUAGGCAAAAGGUUAGCGUCAUGUGUCAACUGUUUAAUGAGAGCCGACCGGACCAGCAGUCCAAGGACGUUCUGAGCCAAAUAAGCGACUACAACAAACGCUAUUCUGGAGCGCCCAGACGGAUACGAGACUACCUGUCGGACGCGCCCGUCCUCUUGCAGCUGGCGUUCCGCAGCCCGGGCACCCCAGGUGGUUUGGUGUGGCUCUUCUUCUUGAGGGUGGCGGUGUGCUGCGCCGGCGCCGCCGUCUCCGCAGCCUCUCCGACGGGUUCCCCGAAAGCACCCCUUUCCCUAAGCGGCCUUUUGGGGCUGAUGGACGACCUGGUGGUGGUGGUCUUGCUCCUUCUGUGCAUCCUCAACGUCAAUCAUCAGAUGGCGCCGGAGGGAGGGCGCUCUGCCGGUACCAGAAUCGUGGCCAGCUAGAACAUUAAAUCAUUUCCAAAUCAUUAUGUGCAAUAAAUAAUCGGCAUUCUUCUAAUCAGGACCGAACGUUCCUGUAAAUAUAGUAUAUCGUGUAAAAUAAAAAAUUUGUUUUCUGUCAAAUAAAAUUUGUUUAUAUUAUUUCUUUCUGUACAUAUAUUUACUUUUAAAUAUUUGUAUGCUUUACUACUAUUAAAUUCAUUAUUACUUUGAUACCUUACAUUUUUAGA